AUUUGAAUAAUUUUUACAGAAAUGGCAAGCAAAUACAUCUCUUCAUUCCCCGUCCCAAAAGGAUUCGAUGAAAUCUUGCAUGAUUUCGCAAGAGAGAUCCUAAGAGACCAGCCUCAGGACGUUCUGGACUUCGGCCAUGAAUAUUUCAAAGCAUUAGAUGAAGGCCUUGACUUUAAUUAUGCUAAGAAAGGUAAAAACAUCCCUCCUGAGGCUUCCAGGAGGGAUCGCAAGGCUGUUAAGCCUCAAGAUACUCAAAAUAGAGAUGAAAAUAAGGGUGAUAAGAAGGGUGAAAAGACGGAUGGAAAGACUGAUGAAAAGACAGAUGAGAAGAAGCAAAAAAAGCAGGAAGAAAAGGAAGAAAAGACAGAUGGAAAGAAAAAUGAAAAGAAGGACGAACAGAAGGAUGAAAAGAAGGAUGAAAAGAAGGAUGAACAGAAGGAUGAACAGAAGGAUGAAAAGAUAGACGAAAAGAUAGAUCAGAAGAUAGAUCAAAAGAAAGAUGAAAAGAAAGAUGAAAGGAAAGAUGAAAAGAAAGAUGAAAAGAAAGAUGAAAAGAAGGAAGAAAAGAAGGAAGAAAAGAUAGACGAAAAGAAAAAUGAAAAGAAUGAUGAAAAGAAGGAUGAUAAGAUAGAUGAAAAGAAGGACGAACAGAAGGACAAAAAGAAAGAUGAAAAGAUAGAUGAAAAUAAAGCUAAAAAUAAAGCUCCAGAGAAGACUCAGAGUCCUCCUAAGGAAGAAGAGACCAAAGACGCUCCUUCAAAAGCAAAUGACUCAAGAGUCUCAUCAGGUAAAGCAAUUGCCAACGAAGCCCAGAAAUAUGUCAGUGAUAUGAUUGAGAAGCUAAGCCAAGAUGAUGAAGACGAGGAAGAUAUCCAUGUACAGGAAAAUAAACCCGUUGUCAAAACCCUUGGGCAGUAA